AUGGACCAUCUUCGCAAAGAUGAAGCGCACUGGGACGACGUGGCCGGCGUGUGGCAGCGGGUGAGCCUCGAGGUGCCCACGGGCACCACGACCGACGUGGCCUCUGCCGUGUGGUGGAUUCAAUCCGGGCGUAGCGCCACCCCAGGCCCGCGCCUGUUCGCCGACAUUCGCAUCCCUCACCGCCCCCCGGCCCAGGCCGCUGGUGGCCGCGGGUCCAGCGUGUCCAUUCCUGACAUUCUUCGUCAGCGCGCCUCGGCUGGCGUGCUCGAGUGCGUCCCGCUGGACCCGGCCGCGCCCUUGCCGCCCACCACCGCCACACCGCCCACGCCCGUCGCGCGCUGCACCUGGCACUGCCACUUGGACUAUCAUCCGCCGAGUGAUGAUCCAGACACGGGGUUGGCUGGAUUUGUGGACCAGCUCACCAUGAUCGAAACGGGCGUCUACUCGGAUUACCGCGAGAUCUGGAUUCGGCGCGACGAAGGCCACGAGCAGGUGACGAUGGAGCUCAUCGAAGAGCGCCCACCCUCCACUCCCGCCCACCCGGAACCUGCGGCGAGACCCAGGCGCGGGGUGUGGGUGGUGAGCGGGCGGUACUUUGCGCAGGUGGUGGACCGGUACGUGCGGGAGGAGGGCAGCAUCGGCCAUCGCAUCUCCACCACCCCGAGCCCCUCCCUCGGCGACCUCCUCGGCCACACCUGGAACCUGCCCGAGCACCAGCAGCGCUCCGCCGCCCUCCUCUUCGUCAGCUGCUUCGGUGUCAUCGAGAACGAUGGCGACGGGGAGGUGUGGUGGGUGCACAAGUCGACGGAUCCGGCGCUCGAGGGCACGGUGCUGUUCGCCACCGGUGGCGCAGCGACGCGUCGUUUGGAGCCCAUCAUCAUCAUCGCGUCGGAGCCGAGCCACUCCCGCCGAUCGGCGGCCACACGACUGCGGGAGACGCUGCCGGACGGGACCACCCGGCUGUGGGCCAUCCACGCCAACACGUUCCAGCGCGACCUCUUCCCCGCCUCCGCCGCUGCCGCCCCUCAUGGCGCAGCCCACGCGGCCCGCCUGUGA